AUGUCGGGCUCGAGUCACACGAAAGAUGACCUUGCGACCCUGGGUGCCGGCACCCUUUUCGGUGUCAAUGGCAUGGUUGCCGCCAUCACCGGCGGCGGCUCUGGUAUCGGACUCAUGAUGGCCAAAGCCCUCGCUGCCAACGGCGCAGAGAAGAUCUACAUCCUCGGCAGGCGCAAGGAGGUUCUCGAAGAGGCUGCAGCGUCUGUUGGACCUAACGUCGUGCCUUUGGUCUGCGACGUGACUUCAAAGGACAGCUUGCGCGCGGCUGCGGCUGCGAUAGAGAAGGAGUCCGGCUUCCUCAACCUUCUCGUCUGCAACGCCGGCGUCGGCGGACCUCAGGUCAAGGCUGCUCCGGCGGAGAUGACUGCUGCCGAGUGGGCCGAGCAGCACCUGGCUCAUGACACGGCCGACUACUCGCGCGUCUUCGAUGUGAACGUGACUUCUGUCUGGUAUACCACGAUGGCGUUCCUGAGCCUGCUUGACUUGGGAAACAAGAAGGGCAAUCUCUUCCAGAGCUCCCAGGUCGUCUCGACCAGCUCCAUCGGUGCUUUCAACAAGAAAGCGCCGGGCGGUUGGGCGUAUGGCCAGUCCAAGGCGGCGGCGACGUUGCUCAUCAAGCAUUUGUCGAGCAACCUGCCUCAAUGGAACAUUCGCGCCAAUUGCAUUGCCCCUGGAUUGUUCCCAAGCGAGAUGUCAGCUCCCAUCGCCAAGCUUUACAGCGCAGACGGAAGCGUGCCAAAGGAGAUGGUUCCCAUGCAGAGGAUGGGAGACACCCAGGACAUGGCUGGCGUUAUGCUCUAUCUUGCUUCUAGAGCGGGUGCUUAUUGCAACGGAUCGGUCAUCACUGUUGACGGCGGUAGACUUGGAAACUUCCCCACGACGUGGCAUGCCUAG